CAAACAACGACUGCUAUCCACACUUACUUUUUAGUAUAGUAGUCAGUAAUGCAUUAAGUGAGUCUACCCUUCACAACAAUCAACUUCAGGCAGUCGUAGUGAAAGAAAGGGUCCCAUCACCCAAAUCCCAACCACCUCUGCUCGUCAGCUCAAAAAAGAAAUAAUCAUCCCCACGGAAGACAGCACAGGUCGUCAAGUUCAAACUUUUUGGUCACAAAAACGUGGACGACGUACCACUUAACGAAUUUAUAUCUACCUUUCAACCGUUUUUGGCAGUUGGUUGACAAAAAAAAUCCAACUUUAUUUCUUAGUAUUCUCGAGUCCUGUUUAUCUAUAAAAAAAUAAAACGUGCCCAAUCUUUCUCAACUGAGCGCUGCGCUGGCCGUUCCGCGUCCCUCGUAUCAUCGUGGCGCUUCUGGUUUUUCGUGACAUGAUGGACCUUGGUUCUGAAGUGAUCACUGAGGUUGAAAUCCAACCACAAAUGGAAGAGGUUGAAAUUGAGUCGGAAGCGUUUGAGGAUGAAGAUGAAGAGGAAGAAGAAAUCGACGAAGAGGAAGAAGAUGAAGAUCAGGACGACGAAGACGAGGAAGAACAGCAACAACACUCUAUUCACAUCGAAGAGGAGGAUAUGGGAGCCCUUGUUUCUGAUGACGAAGUUCUUCUCCAAGCUCAGGAGGAAAUUGUGGGAUAUGAUGAUCCAAAUAUGGAUCUUGUCGACUCUGAACUUCUCAUCGACCCUCCGGGUGGACCGUCUUCCUCUACGUCCUCCUCAUCAUCAUCCGCUACAGCCUUUCGUCAUCAUAAUCACCAUCAUCAUCAUCUCAAAAAAAUGACACCGACACGGAAACUUUAUCACAAUUCUCUCAAUAGACGUCGCCCCCACCUACAUGGUCGUGGUGGCGAAUUGCUUCGCGAUCCUCUGGGCCCUGGAACCACGCUCACUAUUGCGGCUGCGGGCUCGGCUCCACCCACUUCACACAACAAAACAAAACGCUGGGAACCCAAACAAGUGCAAAUACGAACAUUGGAAGGAGAAUUUUCCGUCACGAUGUGGGCAUCAGGUGCAGAUGAUGACCCUCUCGUAAUGAAACAAGAGCUUGGAGACGAGUUGAUCCAGGAGGAAGUAGGUGGGCAAGACGCCGACCCGGACUUUACAGAGUACAUGACGGGGAGAAAGACGAUCCCACCGCAAGGCAUCCCAGGCUUGGACCUUUCUGAUCCGAAACAACUGGCCGAAUUUGCUCGCCUCAAGCCCAAGAAGCCUGCGGAUGAUGUUGCCCGAACUAUUGCCUGUCCUCACAAGGGAUGUACCAAAAUGUUUCGAGAUAACUCGGCCAUGAGGAAGCAUCUUCACACUCACGGACCUCGCGUGCAUGUGUGCGCCGAGUGUGGGAAGGCAUUUGUCGAAUCGUCAAAAUUAAAGAGACACCAACUCGUACACACUGGAGAAAAACCAUUUCAGUGCACCUUUGAGGGGUGUGGGAAACGGUUUUCGCUAGACUUUAAUCUACGCACUCAUGUGAGAAUUCAUACAGGAGACAGGCCUUACGUUUGCCCUUUCGACGGGUGCAAUAAAAAAUUUGCACAGUCCACAAAUCUUAAAUCUCACAUCCUCACUCAUGCGAAAGCAAAGUCGAGGAAUAACUUUAUGCGCCAAAUGCAGAACAUGCCCAACGAAGUCCUAAACGAGCCGCAAUACGUUCAAGUGGAAGUUGGAGCGGAUGACCAGCAAUUUAUUGUGUAUACGGACUGAAACACACUUUGUACCUAAUUAUCAUCAUUCUCUCAUCAGCCAGCUACAUAUAUAUGUAUCAGCGUCUUCUCCUUCUUGAAACACUCUAAACAAAUAAUCCAUCUUUUUACACGAUAAUAAAUAAUGGCGACGGACACAUGAUUUUUCAUCAGCUGUUGUUAUCGAAUAAUAAUAUAUUAUUUAGUUCGUUAUUAUUAUUACUAGAUAGUGAUGAUGAUAGUCUUGGUAGUAGCAAUAUUGUAGCAGUGACUUAACUUGGCUGAUUUAGUGAUUUUAGUUGGAAAGCAAGGGUUUUAAUUGUAUCCAUUGACGAGCAAGUUCUUUUGUGAUUGGUUAUUACUAUUGAGAUAAAUAUUCCGAUGAUUUUGAUGAGUUAUCAUGAUUCGUUCUGCUAUGUUUUCUUCUAAAUUAUAACAAAUUAUGUAUAUCACUAUUUCGUAGUCCUUCUUUGCUUGUUCGUUAUGUUCUUAUAAUGUAAAAAUGUCCCCGAAAUUUAUAAAAUGUGUUACUACAUAGAGAGAUCAAAUCACAUGUGUAGAAUUAACAAUUGUCACCAGUGUCACGAUACAUACGACGAAAGUAUAUGUGGAAGAGGCAGAUGAGUAUGAAUAAAUUUGUGGGUUUGUUGUAAAAGAAA